AUGGUGCGUGCUCCUUGUUGCGUGGAGAAGGAAGUGAAGAAAGGGGCAUGGACUGAAGAAGAGGAUGAGAAACUGAUCGAAUACAUUCAAAAGUAUGGCCAUGGUAAAUGGCAUAAGCUUGCAAAGCAUGCAGGAUUAAUGAGAUGCGGCAAAAGUUGUCGGCUACGUUGGAUCAACUAUUUACAGCCAAAUAUGAAGCGGGGAAACUUUUCUGAGGAAGAAGAACAAACAAUAUUACUCCACCAUGCAAGGCUUGGAAACAAGUGGUCUGAAAUAGCGAGGCAACUUCCUGGUCGUACAGACAAUGACAUAAAGAAUUACUGGAAUACCCGCAUGAAGAGAAAGUUAAAAGACACGACGGUGAUGAGAAACAUGCUUUUUGCUUCUCCAACUCCACUAUAUUCUUAUUUUGCAUCUUUGGAGAUUGAAGCGAGGAUUGGCAGGCACUUUAUGAACUUUGUUGCAAAUGGAAACCCUAACCUAGAUCUUAAUUUGCCUAUGCCUGAAAAUCCAGCUUCUGUGUCCUUAAAUUCUAUGCCUCCGCGUCAACAAUAUUUGCCACUUAGUGCUCAGUGUUCAGACCAGAGUUUUAUCCAAAGUGACCCAAAACAUAUUGUUUCUGAAAUGGCUAAUCAAAGUGGUGAUAACAAGCUUGUGUGGAGAGAAAGUAAUUCAGAUUCACAUUUCACUGCUGUACCAACUGAAUAUAUUAAUGAAGCACAGCCACAGAUUUGUUCUUCUACUAUGGUAAACACCAGCAACAAUGAAGACCCAUUCUUGGACUUUACAGAGUUCUCAGACAUCUCCUGCAUGGAAAUAACAGAAACCAAAAUGCCAACAUAUUUAAUGAGCAUGGAAGAUUUUGACGACUACUGGACAAAUAUGUCAGCUUAG